AUGUGUAAAUCACUUUUCUCUCUUUUCACUUUCCUCUCUUUUCCCUUUCCUUUCACUUUCCUCUCUUUUCCCUUUCCUUUCACUUUCCUCUCUUUUCCCUUUCCUUUCACUUUCCUCUCUUUUCCCUUUCCUUUCACUUUCCUCUCUUUUCCCUUUCACUUUCCUCUCUUUUCCCUUUCACUUUCCUCUCUUUUCCCUUUCCCUUUCCUCUCUUUUCCCUUUCCCUUUCCUCUCUUUUCCCUUUCCCUUUCCUCUCUUUUCCCUUUCCUUUCCCUUUCCUCUUUUCCCUUUCCUUUCACCUUUUUCUUUUGCUUUUGCUUUUUGAUUUCUUUCUCUUUUUCUUUCUCCUUAAAUUCUUCAUCUCAGAGCAGUUUGAAUUCUUCCUUUUCUCUUUUUUCAUUUUCUUUUACUUUUUUCUAUUUUACUCAUUUCCUUGUUUCUCUCUCUUCUUGUAUUUUCUCACACUCUCUCUUCUCGUUUUUUUUCUCACACUCUCUCUUCUCGUUUUUUUUCUCACACUCUCUCUUCUCGUUUUUUUUCUCACUUGGAUCUUCUUCUUUUUUUUCUCUCACACUCUCUUUUUUUUUUUUUCUCACUCUCUCUUCUCGUUUUUUUUUCUCACUCUCUCUCUUCUCGUUUUUUUUCUCACUCUCUCUCUUCUCGUUUUUUUCUCUCUCUCUCUCGUUUUUUUUCUCACACUCUCUCUUCUCGUUUUUUUUUUCUCACUCUCUUCUUCAAAUUUUUCUCCUCUCUCUUCUCUCUUUUUUCUCUCUCUUCUCGUUUUUUUAUCUCUCUCUUCUCGUUUUUUUUUCUCACUCUCUCUCUCUCUCUUUUUUUUCUCUCUCUCUUCUCGUUUUUUUUUCUCUCUCUUUUUCUCUCGUUUUUUUUUUCUCACUCUCUUCUCUUUUUUUUUUCUUCUCUCUCUCUCUCUCGUUUUUUUUCUCUCUUCUCUUUUUUUUUCUCUCUCUUCUCGUUUUUUUUCUCUCUCUCUUCUCUUUUUUUUCUCACAAACUCUUCUCAUUUUUUUCCUCUCUCUCUCUUUUUUUUUCAUUUCUCUUCUCUUUUUUUUUCUCCUCUCUCUCUCUUUUUUUUUUUUCUUCUCCCUCUCUUUUUUUUCUCUCUCUCUUCUCUCGUUUUUCUCCCUCUCUCUCUCUUCUCGUUUUUUUCUCCUCUCUCUCUCUUUCUCAUUUCUCUCUCUCUCUCUCUUUCUCAUUUUUCUCCCUCUCUCUCUCUCGUUUUCUCUCUCUCUCUCUCUUCUCAUUUUCUCUCUUUCUCUCUCUCUUCUCUUUCUCUCUCUCUCUCUCUCUUCUCGUUUUCUCUCUCUCUCUCUCUCUCAUUUUCUCUCUCUCUCUCUCUCUCGUUUUAAAAAUCCCUCUCUCUCUCUUCUCAUUUUCUCUCUCUCUCUCUCUCUCAUUUUUCUCUCUCUCUCUCUCUCUUCUCGUUUUUCUCUCCCUCUCUCUCUCUUCUCGUUUUUCUCUCCCUCUCUCUCUCUUCUCGUUUUUCUCUCCCUCUCUCUCUCUUCUCGUUUUUCUCUCCCUCUCUCUCUCUUCUCGUUUUUCUCUCUCUCUCUCUCUCUUUUUUCUCUUUCUCUCUCUCUCUUCUCAUUUCUCUCUCUUUCUCUCUCUUCUCAUUUUCUCUCUCUCUCUUCUCUUUUCUCUUUCUCUCUCUCUCUCUUCUCUCUUUCUCUCUCUCUCUCUCUUCUCGUUUUCUCUCUCUCUCUCUCUUCUUCUCAAUUUUCUCUCUCUCUCUCUUCUCUCUUCUCUCUCUCUCUUCUUCUUUUUCUCUCUCUCUCUCUUCUCUCUUUUUCUCUCUCUCUCUUUCUUCAUUUCUCUCUCUCUCUUCUCUCUUUUUCUCUCUCUCUCUCUCUCUCUCUUUUUCUCUCUCUCUCUUUUCUUUUCUCUCUCUCUCUUCUUCUAUUUUUUUUUCUCUCUCUUCUUCUCUUUUUUUCUCUCUCUCUCUCUUCUUUCUCUCUCUCUCUCUUCUUCUCCCUUUCUCUCUCUCUUCUCGUUUUCUUCUCUCUCUUCUCUCUUUAAAUUUUUCUCGUUUUUUCUCUCUCUUUUCUCUUUUCUCUCUCUUCUUCUCGUUUUUCUCUCUCUCUCUCUUCUUCUCGUUUUUCUCUCUCUCUCUCUUCUUCUCGUUUUUCUCUCUCUCUCUCUUCUUCUCGUUUUUCUCUCUUUCUCGCCUAUGCUUCUUUCUCUUAACCCAUAUGUCAUGACACUUAAUGCUCACAAUCUCUUCUCUUCUCUUUAUGCCAAUGCACUAAAGCAGGGUCCGACAAUCUUUUGCUAA